AUGAUCUUCAAUUUAGAUUUAUUUCUUUACGUGGCAUUUGCAUUGGUUUCAUCGGUUCAGGCGGUUGUUGUUUCCCGCUCUCCGUAUGCCAUCACAAACAAGACUUUGGUUUUGUAUGACGAUAAUCUCGAAGAACAAAGCUUUUCCUCUCAAUACUCGUCGUUUCUAAAACUAAUUGAGUCCAAUGGUUUUGAAGCAGUUGUUAAACAAGCCGAUUCAUCUGCUGACAUCACCUUGUUUGACAGAUUUGGUAAUAGACUCUAUGACAACGUUUUGGUCUUUCCUGCCAAGGCAAGGUCUCUUUCCAAGUCUAUCAAUCAAGGGAUAUUGGAGCAGUUUGCCAAGAAGGGUGGUAACUUCCUCUUUGUGUCCAGUAAUAAGGGAACUCAAACGGAUUCAUCCCUAUUUCUUAAUCAACUCGGUAUCUAUCCAAGUCCUAAGAAGUACAAGUUCAUUGAUUAUCAUAACGCCAAUACUGAGCAAUCUCUUGUGGAUUCGAUCCAAAAACCCAUCUUUUUAAAUGAUGUCAUUGUUCCAAUAGAUGUUGAAGUCGAUCAAUUAGCUUAUAAAGAUGGUUCUGUCUCCAUUCUAAAUAAUAAUGAGUUUCUCAUCCCACUUCUCAAAGCUUCAGAUUCUUCUGUCACCUAUGAUAUUGACAGAGGGUACAUCAGUUCUGAAUCAACUUGGCAUUCGGGUUCUCAGGGUUUUCUUAUGGCUGGUUCUCAGGCCUUGAAUAAUGCAAGAACUCUUUGGAUAGGUUCCGAGUCCAUUCUCUCUAAUAGUGAUAUCAACGAGCAGUUAGUUGACUCUUUGUUGAAAUGGGUUUUCCAAAUCGAUGGAAUUAUCAAGGCUGAGUUUUUCAACCACACCAAGGUCGACAGAGAGGGAAAUGAGCUUAAUGUCACCAGAAACGAUAAAUCUUUAGCUGAAAAUGGACCGGACUACAAAGUCAAGGACUUUUGUAAGUUUGAGAUUGGUAUUUCUCAGUGGAAUGGCCAUCAAUGGGUUCCUUACAACUCCUCUGAUGUCCAAUUGGAAUUUAGUAUGCUAGAUCCUUACUACAGAUUGACUCUUGAUUUCCAGGAGGUGCGUGAAGCUGCUGUUUAUGGUACUAUUUUCCAGAUCCCAGAUCAACAUGGUAUGUUCACGUUUAGAGUUGAUUACAAGCGGCCGGGCCUUAGCUUUAUCGAUGAAUCCACUGUUGUGCCUGUUAGACACUUGGCUAAUGAUGAAUACCCAAGAUCGUGGGAAAUCACCAAUUCUUGGGUGUAUGUGACUAGCUUCUUUGCCGUUGUGGCGGCAUGGCUCUUAUUUGUGUUCUUCUACAUCUUGUCUGCCAACAAGCCCGUUGAGUCGCAAGAAAAGAAGAACAAUUAA